GUUCUAUGGCAUUCAAUUGUUUUGUCUAAAUGUUUUUCAACGUGCAAAAUAUUAUAUCUCCAUAAAGUCAAAAUUUUUCCAGCUAAUCUGUUUUUAUUGCACAUAAAACCAUUCUAACGAGUAAUGAACACGUAUUGGAUUUGUUCCGAAUUUAUUCGCUAGGAUCAUUGUCAUCACUUUCACUUUUCACGCGCUUUAGUGGUUCUAGUGUGUAUACGAUGCAACAACCAGCAGUCGCCAUGGAUGACACCAUGUCGACUGUAACGAAAAUGACCCGCACGGUUAAAAAACUGGAGGUGCCCAGACCUUUGAAAUCGACGACCAGUUCUGCUCAUAACCGCAACUCUAUAUUAGAUGUCAAAAUAAAUUCUGUGGAUGAUCUAGUAGUGUUGACGGAAGCAGUGGCAUAUGAAAUGAUGCAGGGCAACUAUGACCGUGCACUCCAAAGUAAUGUUUCUACUAUGUAUUCUAACUUAAAGCUUUAUGGGGCACAGCUCGAAGCACUCUACAAAGAUUUUCUUGAUAGAUAUUUUGUUGUGUUCCGCAAUGGUUCGCAGGACGAACGCUUGGACAAGAAAACAAGGCUACAUCUUCUUGAGUUAAUUGAGCUGCGUGCUAAGCAUUGGCAGACUUCAGACUAUAUGAGUCAGUAUUACAGGCACCGUGGCACACACGCAGAGCCACUAUUGGUGCCGACGAUGGAAGGCGCGGGCGGGUCCGUGUCCCCGACGCUGGCUACGCCGCCCGAGCCGCCCGCGCUCCUGCAGCCGGGGGAAGUCAUCAAGCCCUCUGGCAAGUUCCCCAAACCCACCAAGAUCCCCGGCAAGAACUACUCGAAGGAUGAGGUUGUUAUUCGAAAUGCUGAUUCUGGAAAAGUGAUGGGUAUCAAGGGCAGGCGGGUGCACAUGAUCGAGGAGCUAAGCGACACGAUCAUAUCGUUUCAGCGAGUAAGCCCAGGUGCUAAGGAGCGUCUCGUUCAAAUCACUGGACCCAAUGAGGAAAAUGUGAACCACGCGAAGCAUCUGAUCGGCGACACGAUCCGGCGCAACGCGUCGCCGGUGCGGCUGGAGGGCGCGCUGGAGGCCGGCGCCGCCGCCGACGACGACGGCGACGACGCGGACGACGAGCCGCGCGCCAGGGAGAAAUCGCCACACAAUAAUCGAGCUUUACUUCAUAGUUUUUCAACGAACGACGCAGCGUUAGGAGAAUACAAAUACACCGUGACUUUUGGUCAACAUUCCAUCAAAAUCACGGGGCAGAAUCUGGAUCUCGUCAAGACCGCGAAGCUGGUGCUGGACGAGUACUUCGAGAGCGCGGGCGCGCUGGAGGCGUGGGGCGCGGGCUCGGGCGACUUCUUCACGCUGUCGCAGCGCCCGCAGGCCGCGCUGCUGCUGCGCACCGACCCCGAGCUCAACGGCGACCACGACGACGAGGUGUUCGCGCCCGCAGCCACCGGCGCCCAGCGGGAGCCCGCGGCCGACGACGCGGUGCCGCGCCGGCCGCGCUUCUCGCGCGCCGCCUCCACCGACAAGAACCAAGGGCCGGGCGGCGCCGGGGCCGGCGCCGGCGUGCGGCAGACGUACACGUACGAGACGCUGGUGCAGUACGCGGACUCGCCGCUCAGCAAGCUGCCGCCGGCCGGGCUGGCCGCCUUCCCGCCGGAGCUGGCGCGCAAGAGCUGCCUGGAGUUCGACAGCGUCAGCUACCUGAAGAAGGUGCGCGCCGCGGCAGGGACCACCGUGGCCGCCGUGGACGCGCCCGACUCUCCUGAGCCGGAGUAACCAGACCCACAAAGGUGUCUAGCAGCUCGCCCAUUAUAUACCUCACGAUAUAUCGCCAUUUUAUUGUUCACUAUUCUAUAUUCAAAUUUUUGACUAACCCAUACAUACCUAUAUACUCAACCGAUGUCGGGGUUCGCAGGUGGCAAUCUUGAAUCCUACUAUACUAGUAUCAAAUCAGUAGGUAGGUACUCAAGUCAUAUUUUUAGUUUAUUUGCGGCCCAAGACCCCGUAGUCGAUACCUUAAGGCUACGCCCGCACAGACAGGCGGCUUGCUUAGCGUCUAGAGCCUAGCGAGUAGCUAGACUAACGAACAUUCUAUAAUUUUCGCGACCGGCUGCACUGCGCGUUUAGCGCCUAGCUAGUCGCUUAGCGUGUAUCGAAGUAAGCAAACGUUGUGUUUUGUCGGCUAUGUCCGCACAGAAUGCAAGCCACUAUAGCUGGGGAGCCGACGAUGCUAAAUAAAAUGCAAAAUAAAUAAAUAAAUAAUAAAUGUGUAGUGCAAUGUGUAAUUCCCCUCUUGGGCUGCCACCCACUAGGCUCUAGACGCUAAGCAAGCCCCCUGUCUGUGCGGGCGUAGCCUAUGGGAAUGUCUACAAUAGUCCUACCUACAUGUAAAUUUGGAAUGGUUUAUAAAUGACUUGUAUCAUCCAAAGUAAAGCCAAAUUUCAGUGAUAUUUAUAGAAAAAAAAACUACACAAGUUUUUUUUUUACAAUAGAUUUUAUUUUUUCUUUGACGGCGUUUUUAUUAUAGUUAAAUCAAUCAGCAGAUGACGUCGUCAAAAUAAUUUCUAAGCGCGAGAAACUAAGAUUCCUAUUAUACGGCAGCAACAAUAAGCUAGUUACUUAAAUUUAGAAUACUCAUUUAGUACAGUUGCCAUCAGAUAUAUCGGAACGGCUAAGGUUUCAAAAAUAUCUGAACAAAACACAAAACCUCUAUUAUCAAGACGUGACGUGACGUUAAAGUGCAUGUUUAGAUAGGUAUGAACAUCUUGGCCGCUCUGAUGUAUCUGAUAGGACUGUGCAUAAUAAACUUGCAAUGGGCAGCUGUGGGACACGGCACAAAUAAUCAGAGACAUUAUGUAUAGGAUGAUGAGAGAAUUGUAUCAAGUGUAAACAUGUUAACCCGUUUAGAACUACUGACUGCCACUUCCACUUGAUGCGCCGGCACUGAAGUCUUCCUUUUUAUGCACUUUAGGUGUACACAUUAUUACUAAAAGUAUUGACACGCCAAAUUAGAGGGUAUAGGUAUUUAUAUUUCCUUGACUAGUAUUUACCUCAUAUCAUUAAACUUGUUUUAAGAAUGCUUUGAACUUGGUUUUGGACACUCAGGCCAGAACGCUGUUCACAGCCAUAGUUGAUCUCCUGAGAGUAUAUUUUUUAUAAAAAUUAACGCACUCCAUGCAUGAGUAGCCUCCGAAUUGUUCAUUUUCAGAUGGAAAUAUUAAAGGUUGCUAAUCUCUACACCAAAGAUUUAUUGAUUGUAUGAGAUGUAUAAAGUCUAAGUAUUUUUUUUACAUAUCCCUAAUUUAGAUACAGCUAAAGGUGUUGAUGUAUGGCGCCGUGUUUUAUGGUAACUGAGGGCCUACAUCAAACCACGUUCGUCGUGUUGCCUCCCUGUCACACUUACGUAAGAAUUUACAAGUGCGACAGAGAGGCAACACGUCGAACGUGGUUCGCGGUAGGCCUUCUGAAUUGUCGGAGGUUAACAUUUAACAUUACCGCAUUAUUGGAGCCGUACCGCGCCAUCUAUGUUUGCUAUCAAAUUCGAAGCAAGAAUUUGUCAUAAUCAUAAACGUUAUACAUUUUCCAAACAAUAAAUCGUUGCCCUGAAAAUGUGAUGUGUUGUGAAUGUGUUUCACUAGAUGGCGUCAUGAUAUGACAGGUUGUGUGUUGAACUAUUGACCCCAAUCGCGAUCAAUCGAAACUCUUCAUGAGGCAUUAAUUUGUGGUGAUUAGCAAUCAUUUAUUUACUCGUCUCUGGUCUUACUCAAAAUAUUUGACCACUCCUAAUAGACCGUGUAUUUCGUUCCAAUCAUUACGUAGUUUCCAUACGAACUUAGUCACCUAUGUACAGUCAGCAACGUGUAUAUUCACGACUUCACUUUUUGUUGUAUCUUUCGUAUUGACUGGUGCUAUUUCUGCUGACUGUGCCUAUCUGACAGUGGCGCAAUCAUUAUACCUACAAUGUAGGUACAGUGAGUCGCAUAAUUGCGUGGACAGAUUAGUGAUUACUAAUAAAUUCAUUCAUAGUGGCCAUGCAAUUUUGCGGCUAUUGUAGGUGUAGGUGUACCUACAUAAUCAGGAAGCUAUUUUCCGGUGUUUAAACAGUGAUGUUCAUCGCAGAGAAUGAUUACUGAUCACUACGCAAAUAAAACAUUUCAGACUAGUUUACACUGUAUCUUUUGUAAGAGUCCAUUUUAUUUACUUUUGUAUAUAUUGACUGUAACGGGCCUCGGUCCGGAUGUCAGAGUGAUUCCAUUUACUAUAAGACGAAUGCAUGCAUUUCUUUUGAGUGUCUGUGUGAUCAUUUUCAGACUUUGUAAUUAGUGUCUAGUCUCGACGAGUAGUUUUAUCGAUUCUCACUAUUUCGUAAGUGCUAUAUCUUGAAGAAAGCCUGGCAAUUCAUUAUUAUAAAUAUAUAUUAAAUGACUGUUGGAGUUGGUAGAAAAAUAAUAUUAAAAUAUAUUUUAGAUGUAGAUUUAUUUUUAACCAUUAGAACUAUUGCAAUUGCUGUGCACUAAACCAAAUAAUUGUUGAUUUCGUAAAUCUAUCUAAACUAACAUGUUUAUUUCUUAUUGGAGUCUAUUUAUUGUUAUGGUAAUUGGCAGGCUUUCUUUAAACCAGUUUUUAUUUCUUUUGGUUGUCUAAAGAAAAAUAAAAAGUAUAUUUUAGUAAGACUGUUCAUUUCAAUUAAAAAAUUGGCAUAAAGCUCGAUCAAGAUGGGUUGUAACGAGGUUUUUAUAAGAAAAUUAUUUACACGUUAAUGAUAUCCUUAGGGAGUCCUCAAAUGCACAGAUUUAUUGCCGUAGAUUAAUAAAUAUAUUAGAACCUUUAUAUUCGUUUACUUUAUACUCGGUACUUUGAACAAGUAUUGUCAUUAAAGGGGUAAUAGGUUACUUAUUACCUAUUUAGAUAUUAUGUUCACCUCAUGUAAAAAAAUAUUUACAGUUUUUUAUGAAACAAGGUAAAGCGUUAUAUUAUGUAUAAUAUUACUAAAUUUUCUAAUAAAUAUGCGUUUUAUUUUUAA